UUGAAAUUCAGAUAGUUUCCUGGUUAGAGGAAGGAUACAGGUCUUCGACUCGAGCAGCUGUUUCGAUACGUUAGCGGGUGUGAAGAGGACGAACAUGGGGAAACCGGUGGCUGUGUUUUACUGGCUUCUGCUCGCCCUGGGACCGGCCGCGGCUCAAGCAGAGAAAGCAGAGCAAGCCCUCCCAAACUGGCUCACGGGGAUCAUCGCCGUCGGAGUCUUCCUCUUUCUGAUCUUCGUCGCCUUCCUUGUAAACAAAGCCUGGUGCGAAACUCCAAGGAGCAUCGACAACCCUAAAGUGCUUGAUCAUCAGACCGAUGAAAAAGUGACCGAGAUGUGAUGAAGGAAACGUCCGCAUUCGGCUGACUCAGCGCGCCAUGUUAACCUUGUUUCUUGUUGUAAUAAGUUAGAAAUUUAAUAGCUGAUGCAGGUUAUCUUUUACCAAAGGUUAGCAGUGAUUUUUGAUUAAGUUUUUUUUUACAUUUUAUUACACAUUAAUUCUAGUUCCUUUUAAAGGGCAUGUUGUUGUUGUUGUUGUAACAAUUUGUGAACACUUUAAUAUAUUAGACAUUCAGUAUAUCAAGUAUUCAAUACUUGUUGUGCAAACUUCUUUAAGCAAUAUUAAAAAAAAAAAAUAUAUAUAUUUAAUAAUAUGAAUAAAAUCAAAUAUGCUACCUUUCAAAAGUCUUGGUUUGGUAGAACUUUGUUGUAGGCUGCAUUUAUUUGAUCAAAUACACAAUAAUACUGCAAAAUAUUAUUACAAUUUAAAAUAACUUGUAUUAAAUUUGGAAUUGUUUUAAA